AAGCUCGACCACGUCGUAUCCCUUCCCAGUCCUUCAGAUCUUACGUGUAACAAACCUAAGCGAGCUCUCGCAAACCACCCCUCAUGGCUAACGACGAGUACGAUUUUCUCUUCAAAGUUGUCCUGAUUGGAGACUCUGGUGUUGGAAAGUCCAACCUUUUGAGUCGUUUCACCCGUAACGAGUUCAACCUGGACUCCAAGUCCACCAUCGGUGUCGAGUUCGCUACCCGCUCGAUCCAGGUCGAUUCCAAGACGAUCAAGGCUCAGAUUUGGGAUACUGCUGGUCAGGAACGUUACCGUGCCAUCACCUCCGCUUACUAUCGGGGUGCUGUCGGUGCUCUUCUCGUCUAUGAUAUCAGUAAGCACCAGACCUACGACAAUGUCAACCGGUGGUUGAAGGAACUCCGCGAUCAUGCCGACUCCAACAUCGUCAUCAUGCUGGUUGGUAACAAGAGCGAUUUGAGGCACCUGCGGGCUGUGCCCACGGAAGAGGCCAAGCAAUUUGCAAGCGAGAACAACCUCUCUUUUAUCGAGACAUCUGCCCUUGACGCCAGCAACGUCGAGCUUGCUUUCCAGAACAUCCUGACAGAAAUCUACCGCAUCGUCUCCAGCAAGGCUCUGGAUGGCGGUGAUGCCGGCCAGACCGUUCUGGGCGACCGCCGCGACAUGGUGCGGAUCGACGAGUCGGAGGACCCUAAGACCAAGCAGGGAUGCUGUUAAGGGGCCACGAGAUCGGGGAAUGUGUGACACGUCAACCGCAACGACUUUUUAUUUUUGUGAUGUGAUAAUUGAACGGUCUUGAACUCUCUUUUUGUCUGUUACUUAGCCUCCUGGAGAUGAUACACAAGAGGGACGUUGUUAGGAAUGGCACCUGGGGUCAUGGACAUUGUACGGCGGUGUUUGUUGGACAU